AUGUGCAUGUCUCCACUGUCCUGUUGCAGCCUGGGUUCCUCCACGGGCGACCUCAGCGUGGAGGCGGCGCAGCUGGAGCGAGCCAUUCGCAACAACGACACGGUGCGCGUCAAGCGGUUCCUCGAGCUGCACCACGACAAGUUCCAGGUCAACCUGCACAGUAGUUUUUUAGAUAAAUCUUCCUGCGAAUCGCAAAGCCAAGACGUCGAAAUCCUGCUCAGAAAAUCGAAAACGUUAAUUGAUCGACUUGCACCAGACGAGCGAGGGGUGGUGGAUAAGGCGGCGUGUGCCGACAGGCUGCAGCCGGCGUCGUCGUGCGCGUCGUCGGCGUCGUCGGCGGGCGUGGCGGAGCCGUCGGUGCCGCUCAUCUUCAGCAACGCGCUGCACGUGGCGGUGGAGCACGGCGCCGUCGACGUGGCGCGCCUGCUGCUCAAGUACGGCCUCGAGCCCAACCAGGGGGGCCGGCUGCCGGGGCCUAUUGUACAAGGCCCCUCGUCGCCGCUGACGCUGGCGCCGCCGCCGCUGUCCGGCCAGCGACGCGGCACGCCGUGGGCGGGCUCCCCAGCGUCGCUUUCGCCGCCGCACUACCAGCUGCCCGCCAUCACCACCAGCCCUGCUGACCCUCCCUCCGCUCUCGCCGUCACCUCGCCCACGGCCGCCGGUGAGUCAUCAUAUACACAGCGUGUCUUGGAAGCGGAUAUAUCAAAGAACACGAUUAGGAGCAUGUCACGGCAGCGCUCGCUGUCGCUGGAGAGCCAAGGUGCUGACUCUCUGCUGCGGCCGGGAGCAGCAAUGGCGGUGGGGGCGGCGGGGGGAGGCGCCGCCGCGACGCCGGACACGGGCCGGCGCAGCGUUUCGCUCAAGUCCAGCCCGCUCAUGUCGCCGCGGCCCGCCACGCUGCUGCCGCUGCCCCAACAGCAGCAGCAGAUUCCACAGCAGGCGCAGCCGGAGCGCAGCAUCUUCGCGGAGCUGCGCCGCAGCAGCGAGAUCUUCAAGAGCAUCCUGCUCAACCUGUCCACGAGGGAGGCGGCGGCGGCAGCAGCGGCGGUGUUCCGGCCAGCAGGUCUGCUGGCGGCGCACGAACAGCGCCGGUUGACCACGUACCAGCGUGAGGACUCCAGCUCGACGAGUUCUCCCACCUCGAGCUCGACGUCGGCGUCUUCCUCGCAGUCGACGUCCGCGUCGUCGUCGCCGUGCCCGUCGUCCUGCUCACUGAGCGCUGCCUCCUCGUCCGGCAACGGGCUCGCUUCCGAUGCAGGCGACGUCCCGUUGCUUGUCGUCAACCCAGCGCUGCCACCCGAAAAGGUGGUGGGUCUCGCGCAUCACUACACCAAACACUACCUGUACACGCUGCCAGCGCUCUUCCUGGCUGUCGUCAAGGGCAACGCCACGCUCGUGUACCUGCUGCUCAAGUACGGCGCCGCAGUCAACUUCCAGGAUGGACAAGGGAACACGCCUCUUCACCUGGCUGUAGCACAGCAGACAGUGCCGUGGGAGUGCGUGCUGGACCUGGUGGAGCGGGGCGCGCAGGUGGCGCUGCGCAACAAAGCGGGCGUGAGGCCCGUGGACCUGGCGCCCGGGGACGUGCUGGCCAGGCUGCAGGACCAGAUGCUGGCCGACUGCUGGAGCAGCAGUCUCAGUUGCUUGUCCUGCACGCCGCAGGUGCCGGCGACGCCCGCGGGUGCCGAGUCGCCCGGCAGCGGCGCCGCCAACUCGGGCCCGUCGUCGCGCAACCCGGCACGCAUCCUGCGCAAGCUGCGCACGGCGAGCGGCGGCGGCGGCGGCGGCGGCGCGGCCAGGGCGGAGUCCACCGAGGAGGCCAGCUCCGCCUCCGUCGAGAUGCUGGCGCUCUCCUCCACCGGCUCCGAGACCACGGAGGCUCUGACUAAGCAAGACUCGAGACGACGCGCGAGGAGGAAAGCGUGGCGCGAAGCCAGACAGGCGCACGUCUCGCAAAACACGGAGAAGUCGCGGUGCUUAGAGGCAGAACGCAGCUUCCAGGUGCUACUGCACAUGGCCACCAACCCAGAGUGCCUGGGCGGCGUGCUGCGGGGUUUGUUAGUGCAUCACAACAACCUGCUGCGCCUACUGCAGCUGCUCAACCACAGCGCGCUGCACCGCAGCAUGGCAGCACUGCUGCACGCUGUCCUGAAGACCGCUGUGGAGACGUACGGGGAGCGUUCGGCGGCAGCGACGCCUCCUGCUGUGACGUCACCGGAGAGCGCGCAGCAGCAGGUGGCGGAGGCGACGCAGCAGCUGAGCGGCGCGCUGUGCCUGCUGCUGCGCGUCUGCCUCAGCCUCAUCCACGGCGUGCACGACCUGCAGUACACCGCCAUGGUCACCAUCAACAAGGCCAUCGACGUCUGCGUCGUGCACCGCCUGGCGCACGUCAAGGUGCGCUCCGCGCGAGUCCUCCAGCACCCGUGCAAGCCGGCUAGCGCGGAGCCGGUGGCGCCCUCGUCCGGCACGGCGGGAGAAAACACCGCCGCGACGUCGGCGGUCGGCCGGCAGUCGGCGUCCAGCACGGGUACGGCGGAGCCAUCUAGCGGCGAUCGCACGAGGCGCCGGCUCGGCGCGAAACGACUGGGUUCCGUGUGGCGGCACUCGUCCACCGCGGAGCCGACAGAGCGCGCGCGUAGCGACGCGGACGCCGCCGACAAGGAGGAGAGCGUCAUAGACGUGCUGUCGAGCGUGCACGCGCUGUCGGUGCUGAACAUCCUGCACAACGCGCUGACGCUGUACAAGCGCGUGGUGGGCAGCAAGCAGCAGUGCUCUCCCAGCCAGAGGUGGCGGCACUGCAGCUACCACUGCCUGCAGAUCCUGGCGGCGCGCGCGCUGCUCUUCAUGGUGGAGGGGCCCUCGGUGCAGGCGCAACUGGCGCAGGAGCCGCAGCUGCGUAUCCUCGCCGCAGCGCUCGACUCCACGCACGAUCCGCAACUGCUGGUGCUGGUGCUGCAAAUCGUGGCGACGCUGGCGCUGGAGCCGGCGCACCACCGCGCGCUGCUGGACCAGGGGCUGCCCGACGUGCUGAGCCAGCUGCUGCUGCCGUCGGACGAGUGGUACUACACCAACCACAGCACGCGCUACGCCAAGUACGUCAAACACCACGCGGCGCGCGCGCUCGUCUACCUGGGCUUGCAGCACCGAGUCAACCUGCGCUUCAGCGUCUACGACAUCCUGCAAGACGACCUGCCGCCGCCGACGCCGCUCACGGAGUCGGUGGAGGACGCGUACAUCACGGCGACGUCGGCGCCACCGGCCAUCGUGCACUGCCCGCGGACCAACAACGUACUGGGCCUGUCCGUCGAGGGCGCCGUCAUGCACGUACUCCGCACUCUAGAGACAUCACUCAGCCAAGGCACGACGUCAUCAUCGGACUGGGCGACGCCGCACUGGGCUCUCAGUGGCAGCAGCUACUCGCAGACUCCGCAGAAGGGGCAGGCGAGCUCGCUGCUGCACGGGCUGCUGGCGUGCAUGCCGUGCGUGCUGUCGCCGGUGGUGCUGCUGCGGCUGCUGCUGCACCGGCUGCUCACCACGGCGGCGCCGCACCUGGCGCGCUGGCGCAGCUGCGCCUCCAGGUCGUCCUUCGCCUCCGCCGGACACGCCGAGGGCCCGCGCACGCCGCGUAGCAGGGCUUCCUCCACCGACACCGAGCCCAGCUCCCUGCGCAAGAGGAGGAAGGUGAACCUGACCGUGGACUGCACGACUGGGCUGGAGGGCGGCGCCGAAGACGCGGCGGUGAGCACCAGCCGGUCCCGCGGGCUGCACCGGCCGUCGUUCACCCAGCAGGGAUCCGGCCUGCCCGUGCACCAGCCGCUGGAGCGCGCCUCUUCGCUGGUGCCCGCGCCCAGGGACAGCCUGGGACUCGAGCCCGCCAUGCAGGCGACGCUGUUCGCGUUCUCGCACAUGCUGCGGCACGCGCCGAGCCGCGACUCGCUGCAGAGCAGCAGCGACGGCCGGGGCUCGGCGCCCGGCUCGCCGUCGCUGGUGGUGGUGCCGGUGCCGCAGCAGCUGCCCCUGGGCCUCAGCCUGGGGCUGGGCGCCCACAAGCCGCGCCGCGCCUCCUUCCGCUUCUCCAGCCUCCACAAGCGCCGCUCCAAGUCGCAGGCCAACAUCGCCGCCGUCGUACACAAAGUCGAUGUAGGGUCGCACCGACGCGGCGACACGCCAGAGCAGGAGAUCCUGGCGUUCCAGAAGCAGCUGCAGAACCUGCCCGACUUCGACUCUCCGGACCACCCGGACCCGGUGGCGGCGGCGGCCGAGUUCCUCGCCGGCCGGCCGCACCUCCGGCCACGCUCGCGCUCAAUGCCGCGCGUCUCCUACGAGAACUCGUCGUCGCGCUAUCUCACGCUGCCCGACGCGUGGGCGCCGUGGCCCGGCGGCGGGGGCGGCGGGGGCGGCCGCCUGCACAGGGGCCGGUCUGCGGGGGCGCUGCCCGGCGCGGGCGACCACAGCCCGGCCGCAGCCACCACGCCCGUCGAGGAGCGCGCCGCCGUGGGGCUGGCUCCGGUGGCAGUGUCGGGGGCCGGCUCGGGGGCGGCGCCUGGCGCGGGGGCGGCGCCGGGGGGCGGCGGGGGCGGCGACCGCGGCGGCUCCGGCAGCCGGCGCUCCAGCCUCAGCCCCUCGGACCGGUCCGGCCGCCGCCGCGACAGCCCCGCCUGCAUCCUGGUGGAGGUGCCUCCCUGGCACAGGGCCAUCCUCAACUUUCUUGAGGAGUGGCUGCGCGUGUCGCGGGUGGAGCUGGACCGCAACCCGCCGCUGUGCCGCGAGCUGCGAGACUUCCUGACCAAGGUGUCCGGCUGCGGGCCGCCCUAUCAGCAGUGGUGCGCCGAGCUGCGCCAGGAGCACCCCGCCCUCGCCCGUGACCCCGACCUCGACAGUGCGGAUGACUUGGAGGAGACCGACCGAGAAUAUUGCCAGCUGCUGCAGCUGGUGGUGGGCGGUGCGCUGCCAUGCAGCAAGGAGGAGGCGGCGGCGCUGGCCGGCAUCCAGCUGCGCAUCGAGGAGUCGUGGGGGCGGCCGCACCCGCUGCCCGCUUCGCCAGACGAUUCCGCCACGCUCAGGCCCAUCUCGGAGGGGCAGGUGUCAAAGUACCUAAAUGUACCGAAGUGA